AUGGGUUAUGCUCUCAUGAACCCAAACCAAAGUAUUAAGGUUGAAUAUCGUGUUCGUGUAAACACAUCCCUUGUAGCUACUAAGUUUCUUUUGAGGUGUGAUAUGCCAUUUAGAGGGAGUGAAGAGUCUCUUAACUCUUUAUUUAAGGGGCCAUUUCUUGAGUUGGUGGACACUUUAAAGGAAAUUAACCUAGAGAUAGCUAGUGUAAUAAAUUGUGCUUCGAGAAAUAACCUUAUGACUGCCCCUAAGAUUCAAAAGAAUCUUGCCGCUGCUUGUGCAUAUGAAAUAACUCAACAAAUUAUAUGUGAUAUUGCGGAUGAUGUGUUUAGUGUUUUGAUUGAUGAAUCUGAUGAUAUUGCCGGUAAAGAACAAAUGACUGUUGUUGUUCGCUAUGUUAAUAAUGAAGGUUUGGUAAAAGAAAUGUUUAAUGACAUUACUCACAAAGAUGUUAGUAUUUUUUUUGCUAAAGUUAACAUGCUUGUUAAUUUCAUUGGAUCUUCUAACAAGAGACAAGAAUUACUUCGGAAAAAACAAGAAACUCAGUUUGCUAAAUUGAUUGAAGAGGGCCAAAUAGAAACAGGUAGUGGAUUAAACCAAAAAUCAUCUAUUGCUAGAGCGGGUGACACUCGUUGGGGUUCUCACUUUAGGACUCUCACUAGUUUGAUGACUUUGUAUGGUGCCAUUAUUUGGGUACUAGAAGUAUUUGAGAAUGAUACAUCAUUUGAAAAAUAUGGUGAAACUAUUAUUUUGUUAGAUUUGCUUCAAUCCUUUGAUUUUAUCGUCAUAUUAUAUAUGAUGGUUGAGAUUUUAGGAUUUACAAUUUGA